GUCGAGCCUCGGCAGCCAACCCUUUGAGAACCGCCCAAGAACCACCAGCCAACUGUCAUCACCAUGGCACUCAAAGCCCUCUCCCACCACCUCCUCCUCUUCGUCCUCGCCCUCGCCGCCACCCGUCCCUGGCCGCCGAGGACCUCCAAGCCGAUAACGCCGCCAAGAACCUCCUGGCCGAUAACACCUCGAUCACAGUUGGCUACAAUGGCUUCGUGUCCUCAUCGCCCUGGCACUGGUCCUGGCAGCGAUCGCCGGCGUCGUGGCUCUCCUGGCGGGGGCCACUGGCGGGGCCGCGGGAUACGAGGCGCCGACCGAGUACGCCUCCGCCCCCGGCCCCUCCGCCUACGAGAAAGUCUACAGCGUCCUCAACAGCCUGAAGGAAGCUGCCAGAAAAUACCAGUGAAUUCGUUAUAUACGUUUUAUUUGUAGAGGAGGAUGUAUUAUAUGUGUGUUUUUUCUGUAUGAUUUUAUUUA